UGUCCCCAAUGCUGUCCCCAGCUGGGGUCCCCCACGGCGCUGGCGGACGCUGUCACCGAGGCGCGGCUGCGGGCGGCGGCGGCGCGCGGGGGCCACACCCUGUACGUGCCCCGGGGGGCGCUGUGGGGCUGCGAGGACAUCGCCAGGAUGGACAGCGCGGGGACACUGCAGGCCCUGAAGGUGACAAUGACCAAGUCCCCCGCCAGUUUCCGUGCCCAGGGCUGGCUGUCCCCAAGGGUGGCGGCCGCGGUGGCCUCGGGGACAAGGACGGUGCUGUACCAGGGUCCCCUGCGGCCGCUCUGUCCCCUUGUCCCCAACAACGUCAACAGCAUGGCGGCCGCCGCGCUGGCAGCGCCACAGCUGGGCUGGGACGGCGUCACCGCCUGCCUGGUGGCCGACCCCAGUGUCCCCGACUGUCACAUCAUCGAGGUCGAGGUCACCGCCGUGCCCGAGGGCGGCCGCGCCCUGACCGUCACCAGCACCCGCCGCAACCCCGCCCAGCCCGGCCACGUCACCGGCAGCGCCACCCGCCACAGCUUCUGGAGCAGCGUGCAGGCCUGCACCGGACACGGCGGCUGCCUCAAGCUCUGCUGAGGAGGAGCGGCGGAAACACCCGCGGGGACAAUCUGGCGACAAUUUGGGGACAUUUUGGGGACAAUAAAAAGCUGGCCGGGC